CUUCUGUCAAAAUCAUUUGUUUACGUUUGCACCGAUGCGGAGCUACAUUCGCGAUAAAAUCGACCUAAAAACGGCAGAAAAUUAAGAACUUUUGUGUUAAAAAACUAAACCCGCUCGUGCACUAUACUCUAAGCUUCAGUGUUUGUGUGAAAAUAGUGUUAGCAAGUGCUUUAACCUCAAAAAACGGCUCCGUACCGUGCGGAACCAGUCUAGUUGUUUGUUUACAUUGGGGUUUGUUGUGCUGCGCGUAGUGAACAUUGUUUUAAUAACUUUUGUAAGCGAUGGAACACGAACCGAAAGAACUUUCCUUGGAGGAAAUAAGAAAGUUCAUGGUGCUGAACAAUUAUAAGGUUACCAACUAUAUGUUGGUGAAGCAUUUUCGCAGCCUCAUUACCAACAAAGACACACAAGGUGAAGCCCGGCGGCGGUUCAAGGAAUAUGUGAGCAAAAUAGCAUCGGUAAAGCACGAGGGCAAUGAAAUGUAUCUUGUUCUACGGCGCAAGUAUUACAACGGCAUACCGCUGGAAGAUUCGGUCCCCGAAUCGCAACCGAUGAGUCCGGCUUCGCGAUCGUACGGGUUGCUUCCAUCGGACGGUGAAGCUUCACCGAUGCGUCAACCUCCGCCGUACCGCCCGCCUCCGGUAGUGUCUCCGGACACGGUUUCCUAUCACGGUAGUCCCCGUGGCAGUAUCGCUUUGAAUCGGCGCAACAGCUCCGAUUACGUUCGCAGUGGUUCGGAAAUAAGCUUCGGCAGUGAGUUUGCCAGUCUUGACGGCAGGAAAGUGAAUCCUUUGCUAGUGCGCAGUAAUAGCAACGACACACGUCAACCUCCACCACCCGUGGAGCCGGUCGUUCGAAAGCUAAGUGUGGACAUGUUAACGUACGAUGAGGCGGCACCUCCAGCGAUUCCUCCAAGAAAGAGGGUUAGCGAGUCUGGCGGAGGCAUUGCAUCGAAUUCACGCCAAAGUUCGGUUGACGAAAAAUCGACCAGUUCCGUGGGUGAGUGUCCGAGUGAAAAUAAGGAAAAUGUUACCACGGCGGCAGUGGAAGAACGAGCCGCAGAAACAUCGGAAGAGAACGCAGUUACAUCGGAAGAGAACAAACUGAGCGUGAAGGAAAAGAUGCUGAAGUUUAACCGAUUUGCCUCGGAAGAAGAGGCCAAGAUUCCGUCUCCGAUCGGCAAAAAGAAACCCGAUAAGAACGCGGAAGAAACGAUCAAUGCCGAUAAUCUGAUGCAGCUUCCAAAUGCGAAAGAAUGGUUAAUAGCGGCAGCGAAAUCGGACUAUCAGUUGUUGGCCAAAUUGUCUACCGAACAUCCCACUUUGGUGAAGCUCCAGGACAUCAGCACGGGCUAUACGGCACUGCACUGGGCAGCAAAGCACGGUAACGAGGACGUGGUGAAGCUGGUGGCCGGCAAGCUGAAAGCUGAUGUCAACGCCAGAACGAACGGGGGGUACACGGCACUUCACAUUGCCACUCAGUUCGGACGGAACGACAUUUUUGAACUGCUGUGCAACGUAUACAAGGCCGACCGUGACCUGCUCGACUGGAGCGGCAAGAAGGCACUGGAGUACCAGAAGCAGAUGACCAGCGUGUCCGACUCGACAUUCAGCACGGCAGCUCAUGAUCAUCACACACCAUCUCUGGAAGGAUCAGCUGUGUUUCCAGCUCUUAGCCUGUCGUGUUUUUAUCGUUGCGAUCUUGCGCGUUCGCGAUGUACAACUGGCCCCCGUCAGGAUGCACUUUUCUCGCGCAACAUUGCAUGCUCGAUACCGGUCUGCAUGAUGGUCCGCGCAAGCACGCAUCACCACCUCAUCAUGAAGCAAGGGGGGGUUUUCUUUAUCAUUUUUUAAUUAAAAUUCGUUCCAUGAAAAAAGCCAAGACGAAUAGAACAGUGAACCAGGCAGGCGCGGAACCUAGCUCAUAGUUGCUUGCACGUUUAAUUGCCUUCUAGCGUUUGUGUGGUGUGUGUGUGUGGUAGCGAACAAGCCACAGGCAAGAAGUGUACCACCGGGUGCUGCAUUCCAUUAACCCAAACCUCGCGGGCCGCAGACUCGCCAGAAGAGACUGGCGGCACAACGAAAACAACAAUGUUCUUAAUUCAUUUUUUAUCACCUUAUUGGCCAAAGGGGGUUGUUCACGUGAAACCCCCCCCCCCCCCGGGCACCCUUGUUUUGUUUGCCUCUUUGCCUGACCGCUUGACUUGCUCGUUUAGCCCCGUCCGUUUUAUUCCCGCACAAGAAAUGGUCAGUGAAAAAGGCACUUAAAAUAUGCAUACUAAGCAGCUGGCUGGCUACUAUCGCGGCGAUGAUAACGUUUCGUUACACCACAAUCUCCUGUCCAUCAUCAUUGGGCUGCCGUUGCAGUUGCGCUACUCUUUAAGGCGAAAGUUUACGUUGUAUGAAAACGUUGUACAUAUACCCCAUUUUCGCAAUUUGUUUCGAUCAUAAACGCUAGCGGGAGUCUGCCGGAUGGAUGGAUGCGUUCGGUAAAACUGGGGGUUUCCUCCGUACACAUUGCGUCACGUCGUUACUGUCAAUUAUGAUUGGCCCGCUCUACUUUGCCAUGCUCAGUAGCCUUUACUGUCGAUUUCGGGCACGACCGCUUAAUCGAGCUGUUAACUCGAUUAAAUAUUUUGUUUUAAGUUUUGUUAUCCGACCCCGACCCUCUCUUCCAGAGCUUGAGUUGAGCUUGAGUGCGUCUGUCCGAUUAAUGGACUUAUUUGACUGUUAAGGGAAAAUGCUUUAAUGCUGUUAUUAUGUAUAAAUUGUUUUGCGCAUUCGCUUUGACUGUU